AUGAAGAUCAAGGGUUCCAACUCUACCUACCCAACGGAGAUGGCCUUCCAGAAGGGUUGUGCAGAGACUUCAGCCUCUUUUCAGUACGGCCCUGACGCUAUCGCUGCUUGCCAGGAAUGCGGGAUGAACAAGGAUGUUGAAGGCCUCUUGCGGGAGCUGAUCCGACUGAAGGAUAUCCUUGAGCGCAUGCCCACGGCCUUUGCAAGCAUCAAUACGAACCUUAGCAGCGGCGAAAAAUACGUUGCUGGUCACCAAUGGAUCUGGUGGGGCAAGUUUUCGGCACCGCUUAGCCGGCGUUGCCCAGCCGCGUCCGGCUUGCAGUUCCCUCCAUUCCUCCUUAUGGAUGCCUUACUUCAGCGUAAGCGCUACGACUCGUUUCUCGGGAGGGAAGGUCUUCAUCUGCAUGCCUGGCUGCCGACAAAUCUUCGGGCCUUAUCGCUGCAGUUGAGAAUUACCACAGCAUUCCCGACUUCAAUAAGCAGACAGGAGACUCCAGGCUCCUGGGCGUUUGGGAAGGAAACUUGGAAACGUACACGGGUGAAAGGGUUCUUGGGCGCUCAUCGUUACAAGGUCUUUGGAAUUCUCGGGAUUGCCAGCAAGACUGGCCGUACCGAGACGAAUGGUCUGUCAGGAGCCCCUGAUAAGAAUGCCAGGCCGUGGGAGCAGCCUGGCGAUCGACUUGCCGUCAUGCCUCUGAACAGUUGGGGAGAGUGUGCAAAGGUCACUGCCGCCCUGGGUCUUGCUGACUAUUUGGACACUCCUGUGGCCCUGAACAAGCAAUGGAAGCGAUUCGUCCGACAUUUGAGUGCUGUGCGCCAACCCUCCACAACUCCCCAGCUCACGGUCAGAGAUAUCCUCCGACGGGGGUAUCUUGCUCCUAUCACGAAGGAACUCGCUCUCAAAAUCCACGACAUGCUCUGA